CCUUGACCUUGAUGGCAAUAUGAAGCUGCAAACCAUCCUGCUGUCCCUCCCGCUGGCCUCUGUGGCCACUGCUGAAGUCACCCUCAACAAGCUGUAUUUCGAUCGUCUCUGUCCGAAAAACGAGGAGCUCGAGCUCGAAAUCUCACCCAAUGUCUUUGUGACCUACAGCUGCCACCGCUCAGUAGCCACCUCGGUGAAGACAGCUGCCUCUGACGCCGAGGACCCCUACGAGUGUGCCAUGGAGUGUUCUAAAACCAAAGGCUGUGUUGGCGGCUUGUGGAGUGGCCGGGUUAAGAAUGCUGAGGACCCAUGCAGUUUGGCUAUGCAUGCUGCUGGAGAGCCUGAGCUCCGAAACAGACUCGACGUUGUGUACAUGGCUGUGCGGGAUGGCAACGCCGAACCAGUAGAAUGCGCGGAGGAGGCAAAGAUUAUCCAUGAUUUGAUCAGCAAGAACGAGGCACUGAAGAAGGAGCUGGAGGAGUGCAAGACACACAGUGAUGAUGACGAUGAUGAUGAAGCUACCACGCCUCCCACUCCUCCUCCUUCAAAGGAAUGGACGAUCAAAACAGGCCACCACUUGAUAAACCACCACUAUUUGAGCCCCCAAGGCGGAAAUGGACGGCGCAGUCUGGAUGACUGCAUGGCACUGUGCGAGAAGACCACUGGAUGCCAGGGAGUCACCCGGAACAGAACGACGGGCACCUGCUGGCUGGCAAGAGACGCAAAGCCCCCGACCAGAGUUCUGGGACAGACCCCCAAUGCGAAUCUCGAUUCUGCCAUUCUUAAAUGAAGUUGAUAUAGCAGAGAUGCAUUUAUAGUCAGCCUGUCCUUGCAGAGGAAUUACCGGGCGGUUCCAUUGGAAGCAUUGGCGCUAGUUGAAAUGCAUCACAUGCAUUUCAAUUAUUGCAUUGACAUAUGUGGCUGAGAGAAUAUAAUUGAUUAAGUAUAAUUGAUUCCAUCAUCAAAUGCCAUUAUCCUUAACGUCGGGCUUACAUGCUCAUAAAUAUCCAACUCAAAUCAAUGUACACAUUCCUCCCAUGAAUU